AUGGUGGCGGCGUACAGCGAAAGCGUUGUUCUGCAGCGUGUGCGCGGCGUGCGCGACCGGCGUGGGCGUCGGCGCGCUCUUCACGGCGCACAGGUCGUGGUAGAUCUCCUCGUCGUGGAUACGCGCGCAGUAGCUCGCGUACUCACCAACGUCGCCGACGCCCGGCGGGCACGCGCCGCCGCUGAACACGCCCGUUCACAUCACACGUCACACACGCACAAUUCGAUUACGCCCUAA